GAGUCGUUCUUUUUGAAAUAGUAUAAUUUUUUUUUUUUGGCAUUCUAUCACAGUCUAAAUGUAAAGCUUUUAUGUCUCAAUUCAGACUAUAUUUUUUAAAGGAGGUGCCUUGUUAUGAGGCAGAGAACUUUUUAAAAAGUCCCGUUAAGAUCUGAGUCUUGGUACUAAGUGUUCUGUAUAAUAUGUGAAUACUUGUCCUACCUGCAGAAGACCUUUUGUUUGGUCAAAUGCAUAUUUUAGCAGAGUUGCAAGGAAAUGACUGUCACGUGUGUCACAGUAGCUUCUUGGUAUAGUAAGACUCCACAUAUAAAGUACUUUUGUCAAUGCACAAUAUCAAUCAUCUCAUGUGGAUAAUGAGACUUCUAUUUUAGAGCUUUAAGGUAGAAUGUCAUUGAUGACCUUGGUUAGAGCAGUUCUAUUUCUAGAUCUUAAUAUCCCUACUGAAUAUGGAAGAGUUUUGCAAUCACUGUAUCUUGAUAUUAAAACAAAUAUCCUUUGAAACAUUUUUUAUCAGUUAGCUUCUACAGUUCUUUUGUCUCCUAUAUAUGCAACUGUUAUGUGGGAGACUUUUCCACUUAUAGGAGGCAUGAGAAUGUGUUUAUUUGCAGAAGGCCCAAUAACUGAAGUGCUCUGUUCACAAUUCAUAAAAUGUAGAAGCAGUUGAGUAUUCAGCCUCCUGAGUGUCUUAGGAAAUUUAUACUGUUCAUUAUAUUUUCAGUAAUAUAUCUAAUUAGGGGAUUGAGAUACAGGUAAGCACUGAGUUCAAACCCUUCUUCAUUUCAUCUUUUAAGUUCCUGGAUCCUCAUCCCACUUGAGUUCCUAUUAAGCACUUUGGCUAUAAAUUAUAUUCAAAGAAUCAGUAUUGCCCUUAAGCUUAUCCCUUCUGUACAGUCAGUGGGGAGGGCAAACCAUCAGGAAAAUGAAAGUAAGUUGUUAAGGCUUAUCUCUAUACCUUUUCCCAUUCUGACUUCUAUAAAAUACUGGAAAAGAAUAGUGAAUGUCUUAAAUUACAUAGAUUAAAUAUUAAAAUCUGAUUUCUUACUGUCCUUGAGUGAAGUCUGCGUUAGUUGUGUAUAGUAUCCAGCAAAGCUCUGAAGUGCUACUUGUGAGAGGAGAGGAAAAACCUUAACAGAAAAUCUCUAUGGUAGCCUUGUCUUCUCAAGAGUCUAGACUACCACCACCUUCUUUCAGUCAGGAGCUCAUUGAAUGUAGGCAGUGAAAAGACCACCUCAUCUAGUAAAUAGUAAAGGCAGUUCUUGGUGUAUUCCUACUUGUACGUACUGCUUUAAGUACUGUCUUUAUAUUAGGGAGACACCGUAUUAAGCCAGUGAACUAAGGCUUUAUUUGGCAAGUUUGGGUGUCCCUUUGCCAAGCAUAAUGGCAAGCACUAAGCAUUCAGUGGUGACAAAAUCACUGUGGUUCCUGCUUUCACUGAGCAGUCUGUUCAAAGAUAAUGAUGUCGUGACACAAAAAUGUAGCAAAUGCCGUGAUGGAGCAACAGAGUUGAUGACAGCUAUAAAGGCCAUGACUGCGAUCAAUUAUGACCUAGUCAAAAUGACUGGGAAAGACUUCGUUGAAAGGGAUAAUUGAACUAAGACUUGAAGGAUGAGGAGUAAUUAGAGAAGUGGAGAAGAGAGCAUAUCCAAAGAAAGGCACACUCUUCCAGGACUGAGAAAGCUAUCUGCUCAAGUAGGAGUAUGUGUUUUAGUAGAGUUAGAGGCUGAAAAAGAGGUGAAGAGUACUACAGGUGGCUUUACAGUUACGUUCCAUAUUUUGUCUCUUAAGAACAGUUGGAAACUAAGGUUUCUAAGCUGUGUGUGUAUGGGGCCAGGAGUGGGGUAAAGGAUAGUGGGUCACCUAACAAAAUUGCCAUUUAAAGAAUACACAAUGCAGUUUUGAGAACAAUCUGUAUGGGGCGAGAGAUGUCUAUUGGGAAUAGCCCGUGAGAGAAAUGAUUACAACAUUAAGUGGAGGGCAGUAGUGAAUGGAUCCUACAUAUUUCCUGUCUCACUUAGUGCUCAGUAUCCUUUCCUGGGUAAUCCAGGCUUCAGUUGUGAGACUGAUCUCUAACUACAUUCUUCCCUAGGCGAUCCCAUCUAAUCCCAGGACUUUGAAUACAAUCAGUAUUUUAGUUCCUCCUAAAUAUUCCUAGGUCCCCAAUUACUCCAGUCUUGAGUGUUCCAAAUCAAUCUCUUCAUUAACCUGCAUUCAUCCAUUUGUUCAGGGCAAAUACUUUGGGUAUACUUUCUUUUGUACCCUGGAUCUAGUCCUUAACCAAAUCCACAUAGUUCUACCUUGAAAAUAUAUCCUGAAUCAUCUAACACUUCUGACCACCACUACUACCAGCUUAGAGCAAGUAACCACAGUAGCUUAUAAUGGCUCUCUUUCUACUCAUCAUCCUGCAGUGAUUUUUGUGGACAAGUCAGGUUUUGUCACUUCCUGGUUCCCCAAACUCCACUGGUUUUCCCAUCAUACCUAGAAUUAAAUCCUAAAUUUUGGUCUAUGUGCGUUCAUUAUUUGGCCUAAUUGCCUACUGUUUUGUUCUUGCUCACUAGUCGAUCUUCAAGCAUGCAAAGGUUUUUCACUCAAAUAUUCUUAACGUUCAUUCUUUCUAAAUUCAGGUGUUUGCUCCAGUGGCAUCAGCUCAGAGGCCUUCCAUGUCCACCACUAAAACAUAUCCUUAGUUACUUUACUUAUUGGACAGUUUUUUCUUAAUAGCACUUAAAGCUUACCCAGAAUUACGCAAACUUUAUAAGUGAAAAACAUUUUGGUCACUUUAUCCCUGGUGUCUGGCAUAUUGACAUUUGUUGAGCAAAUAUGAAAAUGAUGGGCGUUGGACUAAAAAUGGGUAGUAGUGAUGAUUGCACUGGAAUUGGAAGUGUCUUGGUUUGAGGAAGGAGUUCAGCUUCAGACAUUUUGAAUCUGAGGUAUGCAAGAAAUGUCAAGCAAGCAGUUGGAAUUUGUUUACUUGAAGUUCAACAAUCUGGCCCAAAGACAAUGUAUAAGAAUAUACAGGUGGUUCUUGUAGUAUAAGAAUAUAUAGGUGGUGCUUGUAAUAUGCUUGGGCGAGUUCGCCUGGGAGCUGGGCGGGAGGAAGAAGUAUUUAACAAGAGCAGAGCCCCAGAGCUGAUUUUCACAAGAGCGCCAUCAUUUGAUGUCCAGUUUAGGCCUAAAGGGAAUUUACAAAGUACCCGCACCGGUGGGUAGAAAUACUGAGUUUCCGACAGGUCUACAGGGCCCUUUCUUCAGGUGUGGAAGAUCAAGUGAAUAAAACAGGUCUGCUGAUCGAGUUUCCUCAUUUUGUCACGUUAAAAUGGGAAGUUAUUUAAAUAAAAGGGUAAAAUUACGCACAGAUCCCUGGAGUCGGUCGUCUCGUAUAACUAGGAUAAACACUAAGAGCCUUGGAUCCCCUUACCGUGUGCUGCCCCGGGCCUGUCUGGUAACCCGGGCUCGCCCCAGCACAGCGGCAAGCGCUUAUUUUGUCCCUCGGAGCCAGGGCAUCUUGAUUCUGAUACAAGAGGCAAAUCGCACCCGUGCCACUCGGAGCAGAGACUAAAUUCCAAAACCGCGCUGGCCACGUAGGCUGCAGCUCCGCCUCCCGGGCAUCUGACGUCAUCACACGGAGACAUGGUUGCCGAAAGUCCCCGCACGCACGCCGCACCGCGCCGUUAGUGCGCUCGCGCACAUGGAGCCUUUCAGUGCCUGAGCAGGACGCGCGUCGCGGAGUGAGGCCAGGGCUGAGAGCGCGCGGUCAGGCAUCGCUAGGGGCAGCCCGCCGCUCCCUCUGGGCUUCUGGAGUAAUUGGGUUUCCCCACGUGCUUCCGCUUGGCUGCUGGCUGGGAUCCGCGGGUUCGGGGUGCAGUGAUAGUCUUUCACCAUGCAUCGGAAGAAAGUAGAUAACCGAAUCCGGAUUCUCAUUGAGAAUGGAGUUGCUGAAAGGCAAAGGUCUUUGUUUGUUGUAGUCGGAGACCGAGGAAAGGACCAGGUGGUCAUACUCCAUCACAUGUUGUCCAAAGCAACUGUGAAGGCUCGGCCUUCAGUGCUGUGGUGUUAUAAGAAAGAGCUGGGGUUUAGCAGUCAUCGGAAGAAAAGAAUGCGACAGCUACAGAAGAAAAUAAAGAAUGGGACGUUGAACAUAAAGCAAGAUGACCCCUUUGAACUCUUCGUGGCGGCCACAAACAUCCGCUACUGCUACUACAAUGAAACCCACAAGAUCCUGGGCAACACCUUUGGCAUGUGCGUUCUCCAGGAUUUUGAAGCUUUAACUCCAAACUUACUGGCCAGAACUGUGGAAACAGUGGAAGGUGGUGGGCUGGUGGUCAUCCUCCUACGGACCAUGAAUUCGCUCAAGCAGUUGUACACAAUGACCAUGGACGUGCAUUCAAGAUACAGGACGGAGGCCCAUCAGGAUGUGGUGGGACGGUUUAACGAGAGAUUUAUUCUCUCUCUGGCCUCUUGUAAGAAGUGUCUUGUCAUCGAUGACCAGCUCAGCAUCCUGCCCAUCUCCUCCCACGCUGCCAGCAUUGAGGCCCUACCUCCCCAGACCCCGGAUGAGAGUCUUGGUCCUUCUGAUCUGGAGCUGAAGGAGUUGAAGGAGAGCUUGCAGGACACCCAGCCCGUGGGCGUGUUGGUGGAUUGCUGCAAGACCCUAGACCAGGCCAAAGCUGUCUUGAAGUUCAUUGAGGGGAUCUCUGAAAAGACCCUGAGGAGUACUGUUGCGCUCACGGCUGCCCGAGGAAGGGGGAAGUCUGCAGCCCUGGGAUUGGCUAUUGCUGGGGCAGUGGCUUUUGGGUACUCCAAUAUCUUUGUUACCUCCCCAAGCCCUGAUAACCUCCACACUCUUUUUGAAUUUGUAUUUAAAGGAUUUGACGCUCUGCAGUAUCAGGAGCAUCUGGAUUAUGAGAUUAUUCAGUCUCUCAAUCCUGAAUUUAACAAAGCAGUGAUCAGAGUGAAUGUAUUCCGAGAACACAGACAGACCAUUCAGUAUAUACAUCCUGCAGAUGCUGUGAAACUGGGCCAGGCUGAGCUCGUUGUGAUCGAUGAAGCCGCCGCCAUCCCCCUGCCCCUGGUGAAAAGCCUCCUGGGCCCCUACCUUGUGUUCAUGGCAUCCACCAUCAACGGCUACGAGGGCACUGGCCGGUCCCUGUCCCUCAAGCUGAUUCAGCAGCUCCGUCAACAGAGCGCCCAGAGCCAGAUCAGCACCACUGCUGAAAACAAGGCCACAGCGACAGCCAGACUGGCAUCAGCGCGAACGCUGCAUGAGGUUUCCCUGCAGGAGUCCAUCCGAUACGCCCCCGGGGACGCGGUGGAGCAGUGGCUGAACGACUUGUUGUGCCUGGAUUGCCUCAACAUCCCCCGGAUAGUCUCAGGCUGCCCCCUGCCUGAGGCCUGCGAGCUCUACUACGUUAACAGAGAUACUCUCUUUUGCUACCACAAGGCCUCCGAAGUUUUCCUCCAAAGGCUUAUGGCCCUCUAUGUGGCUUCUCACUACAAGAACUCCCCCAACGAUCUCCAGAUGCUUUCUGAUGCGCCUGCCCACCUUCUGUUCUGCCUCCUGCCCCCGGUGCCCCCCACCCAGAAUGCCCUUCCCGAAGUGCUUGCUGUCAUCCAGGUGUGCCUGGAGGGGGAGAUUUCUCGCCAGUCCAUCUUGAACAGCCUGUCUCGAGGCAAGAAGGCUUCGGGGGACCUGAUUCCAUGGACCGUGUCCGAACAGUUCCAAGACCCAGACUUCGGUGGCCUUUCAGGUGGAAGGGUUGUUCGCAUUGCUGUUCACCCGGAUUAUCAAGGGAUGGGCUACGGCAGCCGAGCUCUGCAGCUGCUGCAGAUGUACUUUGAGGGCAGAUUCCCUUGUCUCGAGGAAAAGGUCCUUGAGACGUCACAAGAAAUUCGUACCGUCAGCAGCGAGGCUGUCAGCUUGUUGGAAGAGGUCAUCACUCCCCGGAAGGACUUGCCUCCCUUACUCCUCAAACUGAAUGAGAGGCCUGCUGAGCGCUUGGAUUACCUGGGUGUGUCCUAUGGCUUGACCCCCAGGCUCCUCAAGUUCUGGAAGCGAGCUGGAUUUGUUCCUGUGUAUCUGAGACAGACCCCGAAUGACCUGACUGGAGAACACUCGUGCAUCAUGCUGAAGACACUGACUGAUGAGGAUGAGGCUGACCAGGGAGCCUGGCUCCCGGCCUUUUGGAAAGACUUCCGAAGGCGGUUCCUAGCCCUGCUGUCCUACCAGUUCGGCACCUUCUCGCCUCCCCUGGCUCUGAACAUCAUUCAGAACAGGAACAUCGGGAAGCCAGCACAGCCAGCACUGUGCCGGGCCGAACUGGAAGCCCUCUUCCUCCCCUAUGACCUGAAGAGGCUGGAGAUGUACUCACGGAACAUGGUGGACUAUCAUCUCAUCAUGGACCUGAUCCCGGCCGUCUCCCGGAUGUAUUUCCUAAACCAGCUGGGGGACCUGUCCCUGUCUGCGGCCCAGUCAGCUCUUCUCUUAGGCAUUGGCCUCCAGCACAAGUCUGUGGAUCAGCUGGAAAAGGAGAUUGAGCUGCCCUCAGGCCAGUUGAUGGGACUUUUCAACCGGAUCAUCCGCAAAGUGGUGAAGCUAUUUAAUGAAGUGCAGGAGAGGGCCAUUGAGGAGCAGAUGGCAGCAGUGAAGGAUGUGGUUAUGGAGCCCACGAUGAAGACCCUCAGUGAUGACCUGGAUGAAGCAGCAAAGGAAUUCCAGGAGAAACACAAGAAAGAAGUGGGGAAGCUGAAGAACAUGGACCUCUCUCAAUACAUAAUCCGUGGAGAUGAUGAAGAAUGGAAUGAAGUUUUGAACAAAGCUGGGGAGAAUGCCUCCAUUGUCAGCCUGAAGAGUGACAAGAAAAGGAAGCUGGAAGCCAAACAAGAACCCAAACAGAACAAAAAGUUGAAGAAAAACAGAGACAUGAAGAAUAAAAAAGAUAUGAAACUGAAGCGGAAGAAAUAGGAAGGUGGGCAUCCGUGGCUGACGCGUAAGGAGAGGAGUCUGACGUGCUGAGCUGUCUCUGGCUGGACUGGGUGGCGGCCUGGAUGUUAAAAGCAACGAAGUCCCCAUCAGACCCAGAAGCUGCCCAGGAGUUCAGUCCGUGGGCCAAGCUUGGCUUAAGGCGACGUCCCUUCUGUGCUGGUCCGCUUAGAACUGGAUGGUUGGACAAACCUCUGGUGCUGCUGAGGGCCUGCCUCCCCUCCCCCUGUCCAGGUCUUUUUUCCCCCAUAAGUUCACACUUUGCUCUGGGCCCAGCUGUUUUGGCCCCUUCCCACCUGUUGGAGCCACGCUGACUCUUGUCCCUUCUCAGACAUUAAAUGCACAACCUUCUGGUGAUGCUCAGGAGGCCCCUGAUGGAGCCCUGGGCCUCUCGUCGUGGCCUAGAGCAGCAGGAGCUCUGGUCCAACCACGUGGCCGUGGCAGGUCACUGUUCUGUGCGCUGGGCUUUGCUCUGCCGUGAAGCAUUCCUCUCCUGGCUCCGCAGGCCUGCUGCCCUGUGUCCCUGGAGAGCUUGAGCUCUUCAUUUAGGAACAGACUAUGACAUUGAGUCCCCAGAUCUGUUAUUUCAUCUAUUUGGGAAAAAAUGUGCAAGACCAUUUUGCUAGCAGGGGUGAGGGAGGGAUAGAGAAUCUAUUUUUAAUAAAUAACAAGCUAGAAAGACCAA